AUGGUCGGGUCUGAUGGCAGCUAUGACUGCUUCCUGCUAACAACGCCAGAGGAAGGCAGGUCCACAUCGAUCCCAACUAGUGUAUUAACGCCAACGGAAAUAAGUAACACAUCGACGUCACCUACAAAGUCGUCAGACAAAUUAUCGGAAGCUGAAAAACAGAUUCGGCGGGAGCGUGAGAAAAGGAUAAUUCUGAUAUUGCUUGGCUCAUUAUUUGCCGCUGCAUGUGUCAUAGCAGUCAGCAAAUAUAUGUACUCGAAGUACAGAAGAAGUUACAAUAUGUCAAAUUUCGAGAUGAACGGCCAUUAGUAAUAUUGAUGAGAAGAGAAAGUGGGCUUUACAUAUAAUAUUUAUAUUUUGUAAUCUAACGUCAUACUAUGCUAGAGUGCGUGUUCCAAGAGAUUAAUGUAGCCAUCUUUUUUAUGUACAAACCAAUUAUAUUGAAUAUUAAAACUU